UUCCCUCGCCUCUCCCCCUCACUCCUCUGGUCCUCUUCCCUUUCCCGCUUUAACCGACGCGGGGGCCCAGACAGAGGACGGCUCGGACCCGGAGCAGGUUAAGUUGCAAGUUGAUGCUUUUUAAGGGGGGACUUUGGAGAAAUCGCUUGUUGCAGAGCAGACAGAAAGGCUGUGGUUCAAUGCAAGGGAAUAAAGAAUUCAGAAUGACUGUGGUAAAUGGCUUCCGAUAUGCAAAACAGUAACAUGCUGAACAUUUGCCCUGCUUUGAAGAAACAAACCUCCCAUCUGUCUACUCUGUAACAACACAACCAGCACAAUGAAUUCAACAUCCUUUUCCCAGGUUGAAAAUCACUCCGUUCACUAUAACUGGUCAGAGACGAUUUCCCCAUUUUUGGCUUUUGAAAAUGAUGAUUGUCACCUGCCCUUGGCUGUGAUAUUUACCUUGGCUCUUGCUUACGGAGCUGUGAUUAUUCUUGGGGUCUCUGGAAACCUGGCCUUGAUCAUAAUCAUCUUGAAACAGAAGGAGAUGAGAAACGUUACCAACAUCCUGAUUGUGAACCUUUCCUUCUCAGACUUGCUGGUUGCCAUUAUGUGUCUCCCUUUCACAUUUGUCUACACGCUCAUGGACCACUGGGUCUUUGGGGAGACGAUGUGCAAACUGAAUCCUUUUGUGCAAUGUGUUUCAAUCACUGUGUCCAUUUUCUCUCUGGUUCUCAUCGCCGUGGAGCGACAUCAGCUGAUCAUCAACCCGCGAGGAUGGAGACCCAAUAACAGACAUGCGUACAUAGGUAUAGCUGUGAUCUGGGUGUUGGCAGUGGCUUCUUCUCUGCCCUUUCUGAUCUAUCAAGUACUGACUGAUGAGCCCUUCCAAAACGUGACCCUAGACGCAUUCAAAGGCAAGUACGUGUGCUUCGAUAAAUUUCCUUCGGACUCUCAUCGGUUGUCGUACACAACCCUUCUUUUGGUGCUGCAGUAUUUUGGCCCACUCUGCUUUAUCUUUAUAUGCUACUUCAAGAUAUACAUUCGCUUAAAAAAGAGGAAUAAUAUGAUGGACAAGAUGAGGGACAACAAGUACAGGUCUAGUGAAAGCAAAAGAAUCAACGUCAUGCUGCUGUCCAUUGUGGUGGCCUUUGCGGUGUGCUGGCUGCCUCUCACCAUCUUCAACACCGUGUUCGACUGGAACCAUCAGAUCAUUGCUACAUGCAACCACAACCUGCUCUUCCUGCUCUGCCACCUCACGGCCAUGAUAUCCACCUGUGUCAACCCCAUCUUCUAUGGGUUCCUGAACAAAAACUUCCAGAGAGACUUGCAGUUCUUCUUUAACUUUUGUGAUUUCCGGUCUCGGGAUGAUGACUACGAGACCAUAGCUAUGUCCACCAUGCAUACAGAUGUUUCCAAGACUUCUUUGAAGCAAGCCAGCCCGGUGGCAUUUAAAAAAAUCAGCAGCGAUGAUAAUGAGAAAAUCUGAAACUGCUUGGGGCACAUGGCCCCAGAGGACACCUUAUUUUUAAGAGCAAGCACAACCUGCCACGUGGCUGUUAUAACCUGUUCUCCCUUGGAACCGCAUGGAAAGCAUUGGUACAAAGACUAGGAUUUUCUUGACUUGCAUUUUGUUGCGUUUGUUAUGGUUGUCAUAGUUACAUUUGUAUACAAAGAUGUAUGGGCUUUGUAAUCUUCUGGUACUAAGGAUGGUCAGACUUUCCUGAAGUGCUUUUAUUGUGAUAUUAUGUAUUAUGUAAUGUAAGGAUUUUUGUAUUGUAUUUAUCAGAAUGAAGUUUCUUUGAGGUGUUACUAUGAGCUGAUUUAGGAGGAGGAGUUUCCUGAUAUUCUCAUGAUACUAGGCCAUCCUGAUUACAUUAGAUGCUCAAUACACUGGAGCAUCUUCAGGUAAUGGCAGACAUCACUUUAGUCUGUGAUAGGGUUGAGGGAUGUAAAAGCUACCCUUCAGAUAUAGAGCUAAAAGAGGGUCUGAUAUCAUUGGAGAAUGAUUUGCUUUUGUUAAAUUUUUUUAAAGAGAGAACUUAAUUUUCUCUUCCUAAUUGAGAAUCAUUUAAGAUAAAAAUGCAUAAAGAAUGCUUUUCAGCUGUGCCUAUCACAGGGAAUUAGGCCACCCACAAGAAGUAAGUGGAAAAGCAGUUUCCUAAUUUCAAAAUCAUUCUGGUACCUGACAACCAAAGCAUUUUCAAGUAAUUAGUUUAAUAAGUAAAUUAGUUUUGCUGCAAAUAGUUAAAUUAUAUUCAUUUGGAUUGAUAGUCAAGAGGUUUUUUUUUAAUCCUUUAUAAAUUGUUCAGUGUUCGUCAAGCUUUCUGGUAAAAAUAUAUAUAAUUCAAAAGGCAUCUCCAGCUUACAAUAUAUAGAAACACAAAAUGUAUUUUCUAUAGAGCAGUGCCUAUGUAAUAACUUAUUUUUUACUUUCAUUGUUACCUUUCAAAGCAAAGGAAAUCAAGAGACAAUGUUUAAAAAGUGUUCACUCCAGCCAGGAGGACUAAAUACCUGUGAACUUCAUAUAGUCUGUGUUAAGUUGUAUAAACUGUGUGACUUGUGGAGUCUUACGACACGUACACUAUGUGAGGAGUACUUAUGUCAUAUUAAUAUCCUUAAUUUCACGUACUUUGUCAUGAAUCAUCUGGAGAAAAGACACUUGGAAGAACUAAGGCAAAUCUUCAGUGUAUCAUACAGCGUAUUAAAAAGGUGUUUGAUUUUAGAAGGGCAAACAUCUUCACUAUUAAAAUUGGUUUUGCUUUUUC